UUAAAUCCAUUUGGGAAAAAAUAAGCCCGAUCUUGUUUCGAAAAAGGAACUAUUAAGUUCUCCUGUUUCGAAAGCGGACUUAACUAAAGAAAUAUCUUUGAGUAAAAAUAGACUUCCAAUUAAAAAGGUUAAGUUCCCAUUGGAGGGCCUGAUGGUCGGUCGAUUCUCAUGAGCACAGCUGCUUUGGCUCCGUGUGAUUUGAAAUGUACCAUUCCCACGACCUCACUGAUUAAGAUCGCAGGAGAAGCGGGGCUGAGGUUAGCUUCGGGGGCCGCUUCCAUAAAGCUGCCUUUCCCACUCCCACGUUUACAGGAUAGGCUUUAUUUUAAUCCCUACUACUAACUGCCUUACAUAUCUGUGCUAUAAUCUUUGCGCCCAUAUUAACCUGGGCGCAUGGUGGCUGUGUCAGCGACCAACUUUAUGAGGCUUAUUCUAAAUCAGCGAUCACCGGAUGUCAAAAUGUUAAAUCAAUGGACAGCAGACGUAGCCCAUCUGGUGGGGUGUGAUGAGAUAAUAGAUUAAACAUACUUUACAUCUACUAAGUACAUCUUCACUGUUCCAAAGUUGGAAUGCUAAGGAUAAAGGAAUGUUGACUUUAUAAAUCCCAAGCGACUCCUUCGCCGCUUCCGCCAGAUUCCUUGCUGGAACCGUGGGAUAAUCGCACGUAGAAAUCCAGGGAAUAUCGGGAGCGGGAGAUGUGUGGAAGAACACUGCUGCACGCUCUCCGGCCAGUUGCCUGAGCGGCCGGCGUGUUGGCGACCUGCUCACCUGUAACCCGCCAGGGACUCUGCCGCAGAGGAUGUUACUGCUGGUGAUGCACAGCUUGCUGUUAGUGGUCACGGCUCGCCCACCGGUGCCCUCGGACACCGUGUGCGGCAGUAAUGCUUGUUACACCGCGCACCUGGACAGAAAGCCCUUCCACCAGGCCCUAGAAAGGUGCAAAGCCAACGGGGGUAACCUGGCGACGGCCAAGAACACAGAGGAAGCGCUGCUGAUCCACAAGCUGCUGUCUGGAUUCUCCGCCGCACAGCGGCCGAGGAGCAAGUUUUGGCUCGGACUCCGGCUGCCCCCGAGGCAUUGCUACCAGCAGCACAAACCGCUGAGGGGCUUCAUCUGGACCUCGGGAGGAUCAGAGACCACCUACUCCAACUGGGCCAGGGAGCCCCGGAGUACCUGCACCGCGCACAGGUGCGUUCACCUCAUGUCCAGCCCGGCCGGAGGCAACUACAAGUGGCACGACGGCGCGUGCGGUCACGGUGCGGACGGCUACCUUUGCAAGUUCAGCUUUAAAGGUAUGUGCCCUCAGAUCGCCCUGAGCGGCCCGGGUUCGGCCACCUACACUACCCCUUUCGGCGCCGUGAGUUCCUCCUUGACCCACGUCCCGUUCGGUUCCAUUGCGGACGUGUCCUGCGAAGCGGGCUCUCCUGCAGCCGGCUAUGUGUUGUGCAAGGAACGAGACCCGGGACGGUAUGGAUGGUCGAGCGAUGGACCCUUCUGCACCCCUCCAUCCGGCUGCGACCUUGAUAAUGGGGGCUGCGCACAGAUUUGCGUGAGCGCCGGAGAAGUAGGAGGGUACCGGUGCCAGUGCGACCCUGGGUACCAACUGCGCGGGGACCAGCGCUCCUGCGAGCCUCGGGACUACUGCCAGGACCGGCCAUGUGAAUACAGCUGUGUCAGCCAUUUUCAGGGUUUCCAGUGUCUGUGCCCCGUGGGCUACCAGCUCGCGGAAAACGGGCGCAGCUGCGAGGACACGGACGAAUGCACGCAGACACCCUGCGCCCAGAGAUGUAUCAAUACGCUGGGGAGCUUUCGCUGCGACUGCACCCAGGGUUACGCGCUGAUUGCCGGCCAGUGCAGAGACCUGGAUGAAUGUUCUGACCAUCCCUGUGACCACAUCUGUCAGAACGCCGUCGGCUCGUACAGGUGCUUUUGCAGAGCAGGCUACCGACUCCAAGGGACCUUCUGCGUGGACAUAGACGAGUGCGCAACACACCCCUGUCAGGGGACCUGCUCCAACAGCGAAGGCAACUUCCAGUGCUCCUGCAGCCAAGGCUACGAGCUCGGGGAGGAUGGGGAAAGUUGCAUUCCUGCAGAUGUGGCCACCUCUCUCACCUCCACUACCCAGCGCUGGGAAACCAUGGCGGGAGAGUGGGAUCCCACUACGCCGGGCGCACUGAUGGAACACGGCUCUGACUGGGAAAUGACCUCCGUCUCAUUAGGGGGUCCGUCCAUCAGGAUGGGGGCGGCGGCGGAGAGCGCCACUGUGGACUGGACCCCCGUUCCUUCACCUACAACAGCGCGGCUCUCCGAGAAGCCCGGCUCUGCCAGUCUGUCGUGGGCGCUGAUGGGCGCUCUGGGCUCCGUGGCCGCGCUGCUGCUCGUCCUGUGUAUGGUGGGUUUCGUCAUGUGCCUUCGCAACCGGUCGCCCAAAGAGAAGGGCAUCAACGCCGGAGAUUACUACAGCUGGGUCCAGUCAAGAGGGCAAUCCCCAUUCAGGGCUUCCUAUGUCAGGUGCAGCCGUUCAAGCGAUAAUUACAUCGAGAUUGAAGCGAGCCAAACCGAGCUCAGAUUCGCCGGAGGGAGAAAAAUGCUCGUGGUGUCGAUCAGUCUGUGCGCCCUGGUGUCUCUGGUGUAUUCGGAUCCGCAAGAAUCGCUACCCGCUGUCUGCGUGCGUAACUUCUGCUACAGCCUACACAGGGAGGAGAGAAAGUUUAACAUGGCCAGAAGCAUCUGCAAAAAGUCCGGGGGAGACGCGAUGACCGUGCGCACCACGGUUGCAGCCGAAGCUAUGGCGGUGUUGAUGCAGACCGCAGUCGCCGAUCCCUCCGCCCACUUCUGGCUGGGGCUGCAGCUUCACCAGAAGAGUUGUCCCAGCAAAAGCAGCCGCUUGAUGGGUUACCGCUGGGUGAGCGGGGACAAUGACACCGACUACACCAACUGGGGUUCGGUGUCCGAAGAGUGUGGGCCGCGAUGUGUGGCCGUCUCCAGCAAGGACCGAUGGGUCGACAGACGGUGCAACAAAAAGGCGGAUGGCGUGCUGUGCGAGUACAGAUACAAUAGCAGCUGCGAACCACUAACCCCGACCAACUCCUCGGUGACUUACCUCACUCCUUUCGGUGCCCGGAGCUCCGAGCUGACGAGUCUGCCUCAAGGCACCGUGGCCGAGCUCUCCCCGGGGGAUAUCCGCUUACAUUGCUACGACGCGCUUGACUGGGUCCCUCGGGUUUGUCAAGUGAACAACGGGGGCUGCGAGCACAUUUGCCAGGAAGGACCCCCGCUCAAGUGCAGCUGCCGCUCGGGUUACAGGCUGGACAGUGACGAGUUAAGAUGCCAACCGGUCGAUCCGUGCGAGGAAGAGAAGUGCGCCCACAGCUGCCAGCUGCUGAACGGGAAGCCGGUGUGUUCCUGCGAGAGCGGCUACAUGCUGGACGCCGACCACAAGACCUGCAUCGAUAUCGACGAGUGCCUGUCCAAACCCUGCCAGCAACUCUGCGAAAACACGCCCGGAAGCUUCCAGUGCCGUUGCGAGAAAGGCUACCAGAUGUCCCAGGAUGGCAAGUGCGAGGACAUCAACGAGUGCGUAGAAAACAAGUGCGCUCACAAGUGCAGCAACACGCCAGCGGGAAGCUUCACGUGCUCUUGCUCGUCCGGCUACGAGAUCGAUCCCAAUGAUCGGACAAAAUGCGUUUGGUACUGCGAUUCCGACACCUGUCCGGCUGACUGCUACAGCGACGGGUGUACUUGCCCGCCUAAUUUUAUCUUGGACGAUUCGACUCGAAUAUGCCAUGAUAUUGACGAAUGCCAAUCUUAUUGCCAGGGUCACAUCUGCACCAACUCCCCCGGCAGUUUCAAAUGUGAAUGCCGGCAGGGUUACGAGCUGCAAUCGAUCGGGAAUUGCGAACCCGAGGGCUCCGGUGGUUUGCCUCUGUGGGAAGUGCAGACCUCUAAACCCACCGCGAACUCCGACACCGUCAAAGCCGGCCUGUCGCUCAGCGUUGUCCUCGGUACCAUCUUCGCUAUCGCCGUCCUCACCUUGAUCUGCGCCGGGGUGGGACACCACCUGUUUAAGAAGAGAGGCAAGUGGCAGACCUCCACCAAGUACAAGUCGGCUAACGCGGAGGAGGACGUUAAUCUCAGCCAGGUCACGACCGGGGAGGACUGCAAGCACCAGUACUCCAACGAGAAAUGCAAUGUGGGGACCUGAAGCUCACUGGGCACAAAUGCCGGACCAGAGGGAGAUUUGGAACCUUUGACAUGACGACACUGGGUGAGGGUGGGGGAGUCUACAGUUUGAAAUUGCAGUUGCUGACUCGAAGCUAUAUAGGUGUGAGCAGUUGUACAAAUUCCAUCUCUGAAUUUAACCAGGUUCCCAUUGCAUUCCGCUGGGCACUAUUUUUAGGCUGGUGCCAAGCUAAUGGUCGUACUUGAACCUUGAGAUGGCCCGAUGGCGCUGUCGGUUCGGUUACUCUUACACACAGGUUUCCCCCUCCCUGAACAUGUCUUUGUUUACGAUUGCAGGAGAGGGGCACCUGCGAGUCAUGACGCUACCCAGGCAUGCUACCCAUUCCUAUAGGCAACCCCUUAGUCUGGAGCAGAUAACCCAGGUGGGCAUAUCUGUUUAGAACGAUAUGUCACAAAGUGCCUAAUACUUUUCUCAGUAUCGUUCGUAUGCAAGGUGUGACAAGAAAGUAUGUCGUGCAGAUUCCAAAGUUAAAUUGACUAAAUGAGGUAAAGGUUGGGUAAUGUUUACCUGAGGAAUUGUGAAGGGAAAGUAGUUUUUUUUUAAGUGUGCAGAUGCGGGGAGGGGGGAAUACGGGAGACUGGAUCCGGGACCCUUAUUUUGAUUGGUUUACCGCUCGUGUUUGUCCCAAUGUCUGUCGCCCUGAUGGCCAUUUGGUGAAAAAUAUGGCCGCUGGUGGUCGUUGCAUUUCUACAGCUUUACUUCAAUUAUUUGUAGAAAUGGACUGGCCCAGAGUAUAUCCACGAAUUUGGGACAUACGAUUGAGACGAGGAACCUGUGCAUUUGUAUUUAUUAUAUCUUUGAAAUAUCUGUAUAAUCACGUUUUAAACGAGUUUUACAUAUCUACAUGAACUGUAAGGAAAACGCUGCAUAUUUUAAAAUUAAAAAUUGAAACUAUUUCUUUAAAAAAUACAAAAUCUUCUGGAUUUCUGGUUGCAAAAAAUCCAAUAUUGUGAUUGGUAGAUCAUCAAAACUAGAGGUUGAAAUGCUUAUAGUUCUAUGCAGGCACUCAGCACGCCGUUGGGAGUGAACCUUUAUUUCGCAAAAGUUACGCCAAACGGCCAUGUGAGUGGGAUAAAACUUUGAGGAUCAUCCAAUCAAGAGGGCACUAGCCUAUUGUUACUCCAAAUAAGGUUGAAGUAAGUUUCGCCAACCUGGCUUAAUCUCGAGAGUUUUACUGAUAUUCGUAGUGUCGCACGCCACAGAAACAGGCCCUUCGGCCCACAUUGUCAGUGUUUCCUUCGACCUGCUGCACUAACUCCUCUUACCGCGUCGUUUUCCCACUUCAGCCUCUUGUACCCGCAGCUCUUUAUAUUACCCGGCCCCUUUGCAUUCUUCCUGCUUCACCCUGCACUCGAUUUCGACUGAGCGUUCUGGGAUUAGUUGCUCCGUUGCUCUGUCCAUCCUCCAGGACGUGCCAGGUCCGGUAUCCUGGAGCUCUAUUCUUUCAAGUCGGCCUGAGCUGCACCGUGCUGUUCAGGUCCAAUGUGCUCCAUUCUGCUUUCUCUCUUUCCGUUCCGCUUGAGCUUCGGCUGCCGGGUCUCCUCGCAAGUCCUCUUCAGAUUAUCCUGCUGCUUCUGUGCUUCACCUCCUACCCCCGCUGUCGACUGUCUCUAUGCCCCGCACUAAUAAAACACCGUUAAAAUGUUGUCUACGUAAUAUAAAAUCCUGUCAGUUAGUAUAUACCUUACAUAGCAAAUUCAGUCGUUCAAUAUCAAAUAAUCGAUUCUCGUGAUAAAUAAUUGCCAAUUCUUUGUCAGAACUACCAACUGUUCUGCAAAAUAGAGCUGCCAGAAGGAUGGACCCUUUGCUGCCCCCUGAAAAGUCAAGCAGAGCAUUAAUAUAUCCUCUCAAUGCAAAAGUGAUUGCAUUUGCAGGAGUACAAUUCUCACCAUAUCAUUCUUAGCACCAUACAGUACAUCUUUAGGACAAGAACUGACAUUCUUGACUCACUGGGAAAGUGCCUUAUGAAUGAUGACAAUCACUUAUAUCAGUGAUAGGUAAGGUGCAUGUUCAGCUCUCUUUCACUGGGCUUAUGGUUCUGAGUCUGAAGAUUGUUUUAGAGAUGCAGGAUGGUUACAAGUCCUUCAGGCUCAAAGAGCCCAUGCUGCCCAAUUAGGCCCAUGUGACCUACUAACCCAAAGUUCUUUGGAAUAUGGGAGGAAACUAGAUCUCCCAGAGGAAACCCACGGGGUUACGAGAAAAAUGUACAAACCCCUUAAAGACAGCACAGUUGGCUAUAACAGUGUUACGUGAACCACUACGCUGCUGUGUCACCCUAGGCUUCUGCACCAGGAGCUAUCCCGGAGGUUAAGGGUUAUUUCCAAUGCUGGAGCUAAGGCAGUAUGAAAGAGGAUGUUGCACUGUUGGAAGCGUCUCGUUGCUGGCAGGCCAUUGAAGUUCUCUCUGCCCUUGCAGAUGAAUGGAAAAUAUCCCAUAGCACCAUUUUAAAAAUCAAAAACAAACCAUGAAAAUAUGGGACCUAGAAAGAGGACAGCAGGAUCAUACAGAAGAUCUUAUUCAUCUGUGAGCUUCUGAAAGGAGCCAUUUUAUUUUAGAUCCCUUUAUCCUCAACCCAUUUUAUAACGAACAUGUGCAACACAGUGGGAAUUCUUUUUGUUUUGAAAUUUGCUGCUUUAAAGAAAUCAUUUCCUUGCAUGGUUUGCAUCCACGUAUACAUUUGGAUGGAUGGGUCCAUUUUACUUGUAAAUAAAAUGCCCGCAUCUUCACACUCUACAGCCAGCAUUGCACGGCACUGUUGGAACUAGGUGUUUUACAAGGUUUAAUGGAUUAAAUAUAUUAGUGUCUGUGUAUGAAUACUAUCUGUAUAUAUUCACAUGCAUGCAAAACUCCAGUAAGUUGCCUGGACUUGGGGACUGAGUUGUAAGGAGAGAUUGCAUACAGUAAGUCUUUAUUCCCUGGAACAUAGGAGAUUGAGGUGUGAUCUGACAGGUGUGUAUAAAAUUAUGAGAGGCACAGGUAGUCUGAAGACAUAUAGUCUUGUUUCCCAGGGAGGAAGUGCAAAAGAGGGCAUUGGUAUAAAAUCAGAGGCAAGAGAUUUUCUAGGGGUGUCAGGAGUACUUCUUCAUGCAAAGUGUGGUGCAUAUUUGUAAUGAGCUGCCAGAAAUAGUGGUUGAAUAGCACUUACAAGCCAAUUUGUUAAAUACAGGCUUAGCGGGCCAUGGGCCAAAAGCAGGCUGACGGGACAAACUCACUGGGAAACAUCAGCACAGAUAGGUUGGGCUGAAGGACCUACUUCCAUACUAUGUCACACUAUGACAUGCAAAUCUACAACAAGACUGGAACUGGGAACUGGCUAUUGAAAGUGAGUGGAGAAUGAACACUUGAAUGACAUUUACACUUGCCAAUAGGAUCCAUUAAGACUCAGGUACCUGCUUGGACAUGAGUCAAAUUUAAGGUGGCUUCAAGAUUUGGGUAAUGUAAUCUUUUAGUCAUCUGUAAAGACAGGACACUCACUAUCCUUUUGAAAUAACAAGCAGAAUAGAAGUUUACUGGGGAUGCUAAUUUCACUUUCUGUUGUGUACUGCAAAUCUGUAAUAGGAACAGAGAAUCUGAAAAUCUUAAUCAAAUGAUGUCAUCAAACAAGUGGAGGGGGAGUAACAGAAAAUGUUAUCAUUUACCAGAUAGCAACACUAAAAUAAAAGUUCACCUAUAUGUAAGCACUUGUCAAUCUAAAUUUGGAUGUUAAAAUAAAAUGGAACUUUAUUUUCCUGUAAAAGGUCAAUAAAGAUGUUGAAAAUUG